UUGAAAUCUGCGUUUCUCAACCUCACCCCUACAUCCGCCUACGUCACUUCCUUACCUCGGAAAACAUGGCGUUACUUCUAAGGGUGGUGGCCCGGCAGGGUCUGUGUUCAUCACGAGCACAACUCUGUAGGCAUGCUGUUCCCAUGGGAACCUCAGCAAAAGAGGAGAUGGACAAAUUUUGGGCCAAAAACACUCGACUCAACAGACCUCUUUCUCCUCAUAUAAGCAUUUAUAGGUGGUCAGUCCCCAUGAUGAUGUCAAUCACUCACAGAGGAACAGGCAUAGCACUCAGUGCAGGUAUUUCUGCUUUUGCGGCUGCUGCGCUAGUGUUGCCGGGCAGUUUUCCUUACUACCUGGACAUGGUCCACUCGUUCUCCAUGGGUCCAGCUCUCAUCACCUUAGCCAAAUUUGGCCUGUCUUUCCCAGUGGCCUACCACACUUACAAUGGAAUUCGCCACCUGAUGUGGGAUGUCGGGAAAGGCUUUAAGAUCCCUGAAGUCUACCGUUCUGGCUACAUUGUCAUUGCUCUGUCCAUUUUCACCUCAGUCGCCUUGACUGCACUCUGAACCUGAUGUAGUAAAAAAGAAGAAAAAGCGGAGUGUGAAUUUGUUGUGUAGCAGAAACAGAAGAAUGACAUGUUUUCGUUUGACUCAUUAAUAAAGUAAAUUAAGAAAUGUA